GUUAGGCACCAGAAGUGAAGCAUGUAUUCUUCUUCAUAAUACACUUUCUGACGCUGAAGACUACACAUGCAUCUCUGUAUUGCAUUUCUACUUUGUGCCGUUGUAUAUGGCAUAAGCCGCAUUUCAGAGCCAGAUCUGAGGGCUGUUAACUUUGCGGACAAGAUAGAAGGACAGAAGCUGAACGGAAGCCUGAUUAGAGAAAUAGAAGUGGAUUCGGAAAGUUCCUGUCAGCUUGAGUGUGUGGACGAAGAGCAAUGUCAAUCUUAUAACUUUGGAACCAUGAAGGGCGACUCAGAGAAAUUCAAGUGUCAGCUAAGCGACUCUGAUCGAUUUGUUGGAUCGACUAACUUUAACGAGGAUAAGGAUUUCAUUUACAGCGGAGUAAUGCGUGAAAAAUGUACAACGAGCAUUACUGGCACUGUUCGCUACAAUCCUUCCCGAAAGGCCUCAGAACGGUGCAAUGGUAAAGUUUGGCUAUCAAUGCUGAUUGGUGUGGUCGCUACUGAACCAGGACGUCACUGUCUCGACAUUUUAAAAGCGGGUCAACGUCGGGGUAAUGGACUUUACUGGAUCGAUCCAAACGGAGGCUCAACAAAUGACUCUUUCCAAGCUUUUUGCGACAUGGAGACCGAGGGUGGAGGUUGGACACUAAUUGCCACGAGGGUGUCCCAAAGCAUAUCCUUUAUCAAAACAGCAUUCUCAGUAUCGGCAGCAAAAACCACAGACGCAGAUACGGCGAGUCACAUUCACCCUGACAUGAGGGACUGGGAAGAAGUUAUGUUCCGGUUCAGUGACGUCAACACCAUCCGGGUUGUUUACAAUAGGAAAGCGGGCGCUCCAAAUAAAGACAAAACAGACUUCGAGAAGUUCUUGAUGGGGACAGCUUAUCGUGAGAUAAGGAGUAUCCAUGGUUUUUACAAGUACAGCCCGGCAGACCACAAUAAGAGGAAUCCCUCUACUGGGUUUGUCACAAUAUCCGGUUGGCACUUCUUCUCAGACAGGGGGAUAUCUGAAAACUUUGGUGGUACUGACAGGUGGAUUGACAUGUGGGAUCAUACUGACGGCUCGAACAACUACGUAACUUCUGACGACAGCCGCGCUCUUGGCUUGAAAUGCAUUGCGGGGUACUGUUAUCUGAACAAACCAAUCUGGAUGAUGGUGCGAUAGAAACAAACUGUAAUUCAAAACUAAGGAAAGGCGCUGUCAAGUUCCUGUCAGGUGUUGAGAUAAAAGAGAAACUAUGCAAACACAGCAAACCUUUAAAGCAAUUGUAUCAGGAGCUAAGAAAAAUUUUGAAAACGUUAUUAGAUAGUGAAAGCAUAAUGAUUGAAUAAUGCGAAUGAUGAUAUCUAACCGAAUUAAAUUUAUUUCGUUUUAAUGGCA